GACUUGGUUGCUACUCUCGCGAUUGGCGUCACGAGUCGCGACUUACGGCGACACGGGCAUGGGACAUGGGCGACCUUACGUAUGUAAAUUAUUCCCGCACAAAUACUGCCUGAUAGAGAUUCGUUCUCGCAACUCGCAAUAAUACGUAGGCAGUCGCGCCGACUCGCGCACUCGAUGAGCUAAUACUCGUGCUCCGCUCGGGAACGGGCACCUAAUAUAAUCUGUCCAGUCGACAUUCGACUUUGGCGCGCAUUUAACGUCUCGUUUGUCAGUCGCCGAUUUCGGAUAAAGUUUCGUGCUUACGUAUUGUAAGAGUACAUAUGUUGUCGUUCAGAAUUUGUGCGUAAUUGGUAGUGAAUAAGCAAUCGUAUAUUGUUCACGAGAGUAAGUUGAACAAUUGGAUAUAUACAUAUACUAGAGAAAAUGCUAAGUGGCAGUAACUUGAAUCGAUUUAGCGACGAUGACUUUUUCAAUGGUGGACCGUGUCCGUCGUGCAGAUUGGCCAUCAAUAAGGAAACCGGUAGACUCAAAUGGUGUACCGGCGGAAGUGAAGCGCGGCGUUUUCGUAUCAAACUGAUGCUCCUCAUACCUGCCGUGUUGCUGCCGAUUACUAUAGUGUUCAUCGCUCUGUCGCGAUUUCAAGCCACAACCAAAGCCUCCGACUCACGCGCGGUUUCCACUUUUUAUGAGAUGCCGGAACAGGAUAAAGAAAUGAAAAUUGAGAAUGACGUUUUCUGGACUACCAGUCGCAACAACGUAGAACGCACGGCGGAAGAAAGCGAAGAAGAGGAUCGACUUUUGCAUCCCGAUAUGAAAACGAGUUACGUGCCUGUAGACACGCAUCCUCCAUUUCGAUCGCAAUCGCCCCACCGACGCAAACGAGACAUCGACGGGGAGAAUCACACGAGGGAUGGUUUCGAAUUGGACGAUCGAGCAACGUCCUCGUCUCGUGCACAUGUUCGUUUAGCUAACGGCAAAUUGGCAGAUUCUCUUUCGAGGGAAGAAUCAGAUAGGAAAAAUGAUACAUCGGAGAGAUCCUUCUCGGCUUCAGACAGCGUGAGGUCGUACGUCGACAGAAUCGAGGUGCAGAAGAUUGGCGACACGAUCGAAAGCAACAACGCGCGGGACAUCGAUGAGGAAGACAAUUUCUUAGGCGAUUACUAUCCGGAGGAAGAAGCUGAUGGCGAUACUUAUGAAAGUAGUGGAAUCAAGUGUAACUAUCGCUAUUCCGAAUUCGCGGACGUAGGUGUUGAGAAACGAUCGAAAGAGGGAUCGGAGAUGAGAGAAAAGACCCGUGGAGAGGAAGACUCGUUCUCCAUUUCCAUCAACGAAACGUGGUUGUCGGUGAUCGACGGACACGUUACGAUCAAGGACGACCAAAUGCCUGAUCUUCGUACAUUCUGGAAAGGCGAAGGAAACGCUACAAGUAUUAGAGAGGCUCGAGCUCGAAUAAUGCUGAGGUACAUGGAUAAGAGCGUGGAUCCGUGUCAGGAUUUCUAUCAGUACGCUUGUGGUAACUGGGCGAAACGUAAUCCUAUUCCUAAAGACAAAGCCGGCUACGAUACUUUUGAGAUGCUCAGAGAAUCGCUGGAUUCUGUAUUGAGAGAAUUGCUGGAGGAUCCGAUAUCGCGCGACGCCGAUGAGCUAGAUGGCGACGAUGCUACGGUAAAGGCGAAACAUCUGUUUCAAAGCUGCAUGAAUUACGAGAUCUUGGAGGAACGUAUGGAGCAACCACUCAUCCGGCUUCUGGACGAACUUGGUGGCUGGCCGAUUUUAAGGCCAGAUUGGGAUCCCGACAAAUUCGACUGGCUCCUCUUGACCGCGCAACUUCGACUGUACAAUAAUGACGUACUGAUCUCGGAAUGGGUGGGUCCAGAUAUUAAAAACAGCGACAAGUACGUGAUACAGUUUGAUCAAACAUCGCUCGGGCUUCCUACGAGAGAUUAUUUCCUUCAACCGUCUAACGCAAUUUACCUAGAGGCCUACAAGGACUACUUGAUGAGAAUCGCAAUCUUACUCGGCGCAUCCCUAACUAAUGCGACGAUUGACGCCGAAGAGCUGAUUGAAUUCGAAACGCAACUCGCAUCGAUUACAUCGUCACCGGACGAAAGACGAAAUUUUUCGGAACUUUAUCGACGAAUGAGUAUAGGUGAACUGAGAGUACUCGUGCCGCAAAUCGAUUGGCGCCGUUAUUUGUCGAUUGUCUUGGCUCGACCGAUACACUUUUCCGAGCCAGUUGUCGUCUUCGCGUUGCAAUACAUCCAAGAUUUGGUUGUUUUACUUUCAAAGACGCAACCUAGAACAGUGGCAAAUUAUCUUUUAUGGAGAUUUGUGCGGCACAGAGUUAACAACUUGGACGAUCGUUUCCAGGAGGUCAAGCAAAAAUUUUACUACAUUCUGUUCGGUAGAGAACAAGCGCCGUCAAGAUGGAAAAACUGUGUAACUCAAGUCAAUUCGAACAUGGACAUGGCCGUUGGUGCGAUGUUUGUCAAAAAGCAUUUCGAUGAAAACAGUAAAAACGACACAUUAUCGAUGACUCGAGAGAUACAGCGAUCUUUUAGAGAGCUGCUAGACAAAACCAAUUGGAUCGACGACGAAACGAAGCGAUUGGCGUCUGAAAAAGUAAACGCUAUGUCGCUGAGAAUUGGCUAUCCAGAUUUUAUCCUACAGUCACAUCUACUGAACGAGCGUUACAAAGAUGUUGUGAUUCGACCAGACAAGUACUUUGAGAACAUUUUAAAUAUCCUGCGACACUUGACCAGAGUCGAACAAGCUCGCCUUGGCAGAGCUGUUAAUAAAACUUUGUGGAACACUGCGCCAGCGGUCGUAAACGCUUACUACAGUCGCAACAAAAAUCAGAUAAUGUUUCCAGCGGGCAUACUGCAGCCUCCGUUUUAUCACAGAUUUUUUCCGCGAAGUUUAAAUUACGGUGGGAUUGGUGUCGUGAUCGGACACGAGAUUACUCAUGGAUUUGACGAUAAAGGUAGAUUGUUCGAUAAAGAUGGGAAUCUUCAUAGGUGGUGGAAAGACGAAGCAAUCGAUGGUUUUCACCGGCGAGCGCAAUGUCUCAUUGAUCAAUACGCACGUUAUACCGUGACGGAAGUUGGAAUGCAGAUAGACGGUGUUAAUACGCAAGGGGAAAAUAUUGCUGAUAAUGGCGGCAUUAAACAGGCCUUUAGAGCGUACGAGAGAUGGCUGCGUUUGAACGAAAGGGAAGACGAGACCUUACCCGGAAUGAAUGCGACGGGUAAACAAUUAUUUUUUUUGAACUUUGCUCAAGUGUGGUGUGGUUCGAUGCGUCCUGAAGCGACGAGAAAUAAGUUGAAAACAGCUCUACAUUCGCCCGGUAGAUUUCGAGUGAUCGGCACGCUCUCCAAUUCGAAAGACUUUGCUCAGGUCUUUAAUUGUCCUCUUGGUUCCCCCAUGAAUCCCGUGAGCAAAUGCUCGGUGUGGUAAAACAUGUGGCGAACUGUUCGUCGCGAACAUUAUACAUAAACAAUACAUAGUUCGUGUGCAUGUAUCGAUACGAUUUAUUCCGAUCAUACUUGCUAUUGCCGAGCACAUUUUUUAUUGUAAACGUAUUAAUUACGCUUAAGCGUACUCUUUAAAUUAAGAUACCCAGUGGCUUCCUAGAAAUGUAUAAAAUAAUGGAGAAAUACAUAUUUUUUUUAAUGCGCUUA